AUGACACCGAGCUUAAACACACGAGUACAUUACGCGAUCUUGCUUUUUUCGUUCGCCACGAUCUCGGUCGCGGCUUCGCCGCUCACAAUCGCAGCUUCGCCAGGAAAACCAAAAAAACAAAACCCUCUGGCAACUAGGGUACUGGUAUUAAAGAUAUUUCUAAAAACGACACUUAAUUCAUUCCUUAGCUUACCUGGUUAUUUUUUGUUUCUCUUCUUUCCAGGAAGGACAGGUGAAGGCGGCUCUACCAGUACAAGUGAUUCCACUCGGGAUGACGCAUUUCGAAGUCUAUUUUCCAACAGGCUGGAUGACUUUAUGGACAGUACAUCCAGCACUGGGGACAUCUUUCCUCCUCCUUUAGCUUCCAGCAGAUCAGCUAUGGAGACCUCCAACACAAGUGCCUUUGCCGGUUUUGCAUUGCAAGUGAUCUGUCGCCAAGAGUGGGUGAGAGAGAGAUGCCUUCAGGAUCCACAAAAACUCUGCUCUCCUGAGCUACUACUGGAUCCUGCAAUAUCUCCUAACCAGGCGAGAAAGUUGCUGCAUCUGAUUUGUUAUCCAGCCGGUGUCCCAUCAUCCAUUGGGGGCCUCAUUGCUAACAGCAAUGAUAUGGAAACAGUGCAUGAAGCUGCGAGCAGAAUACUCCAGAACUUGGAUCAGUGGUCUUUGAGAAAAUCGUGGCUGGAGUUGCAGCUGAUGAUUAAACAGGCUUCUAAAGAGGAGACCGGACCUCUUCUAGACGCAAUUGCCACCAGCGCCAUGAGUGUCUUCGUACAGCGGCAUGACACCACCCCUUUGGCAACGGCCCAUAGUAACCAAAAGUCCGUGGUGAUAAAAGGGCCAGAGUGGCUAGUUGCUCCUUUAAUUUCUAAACUGUCCAACUCGGUACAAGGCCGCCUACUAAAAGCUGCUGGAGAAGUACUGGACACGAAACAGUGGUGGAAGGAGCACUCUGCAAAGUCAUCUGUGCCAACCCUGGUUCAUACGCAGCCGUUCCUGUCAUUGGUACUUGCAUGUCUGAAGGGACAAGAAGACCAGAGGGAAGGACUUCUAUCGUCAAUACACCGUCAGCUAACUCAGCUACUGGCCGCUCCUGCCGAGGAGAGAUGUCCGGUGGAUUUAAAAAGCAAAGAGGUUCUGCAAGAGGCUUUGCACUUGCGAAUUAGCCUGCUUGGUGCCAUGUUUGACACGAUUCAGCGCAGCACUCAACUGUCAAGUGACUGGGCCACGCUUUUGUUCCAGCUUGUAAGUUCUGGAACAAUCACCGCUGACUCACUGCCUACAAAAAAGGAGUUAUUGACAAAUGUACUGGAUAUGGUGUCAGUACUGAUCAGCGUUGUUUCUAACACGGAGUCAACUCAUGGACAGUCAGCUGAGGAGAGCCGGAAAGCGGCCUUCACUCUUUUCAAAAAGCUUAAGCGUGAGCUUGCUGGAAAAAGCACUGUUGACAUCAUGCAGCAGUGUAAGCAGCUCUUGCCCCUUCCUCCCCUCUCACAUAACGUCUUUACUGUCUCGCCGGUCAAAGAGACACCUGGGAACCCCGGACAGAAUGUCGCAGACAAGCUCCCUCCUGGGGGUGGAAGUAGUAGCCAGGGAUUACAAAUAACUGGCAAACAAAGAAUCAGUGCGUGGGACCUCAUGGAGGGGUACAAAAACCCAUCACCCCUGUCAUGGGCAUGGUUCGGUGCCGUCCGGAUUGAGCGUAAACCAUUGAGGUACGAGCAGGAUUUUCGAAGACUACUGCACCAUACGCACCCGAGGCGGCGUCCCCUUAGUUACUUCCUUAGUCCCGCUCCUGACAAGGAGGACGAGCAUGACGAGGAAGAAGAUAGAACGGAAACAGAGGCUGCAGUGGGGGAGAGAGCCAGCCAACCGUCCACUCCUCAGACGCCAGCUGAUAAAGGCGCUGUACCUUUGAUUGCUGCACCAAUUCCUUCGGCUGUUAACAUGUCCUCAGUUCUCAACGUGCAGCCCAACCUUACCACGAACCAGGUACCUGUACCAGAUAGCAAACAGACCAAGCCCAAGACAACCAAGCAACGGAAGCGUCCUCCUAAACCUUCUAGUCAAGCCAUGCAAAAGAAGAUGCAAAUGCUACAGCAGCAGCAGCAGCAGCAACAACAACAACAGCAGCAGCAGCAGCAGCAGCAGUAUUUACCGAGUCAGCAGCCUACAAUGAUGUUCGGUCAAUCCACACAGCAGCAGCAACAACAGUCUUUCUUUCAGCAGGCUCCGCAGCAGAGAGGUUUGCAACCAGGCUUGCAACCUCAAGCGCAAAGGUUGGCAAACCCCACGGGUCCGAGUCCGUUAACUGAUCUGCGGUCCAUGCUAGUUUCGCACACUUCGCAGAACCCACUCCCUCAUCAGGCGCAAUGUACCACUCCAUCGCCAACCCAACACAUCCUACAAAUGAUGAGACGAAAACAAGUGCAGCAACAACAGCAACCGCAGCAGCAACAGCAGCAGCAACAACAACAACAGCAGCAACAGCAGCAACAGCAAUCUCAAACUUUACAGCAAGCUAUGCAUUUCAUAUCUCAAAACCCCCUUCUCAAACAGCAGUUGCAGUUAGGGCAAACACAAAUGACACAACAACAGCAGCAGCAGCAGCAGCAGCAGCAGCAGCCGCAACAACAACAGCAACAGACGAGUCAACAGCUAAGGCAUUUACCACAGGCUAACCAGCUUCAGGUAACGCAAGGUGCAGCUCAGAUCCACCCCAACCAGCAAUACACAUUCCCUCAAGCCCAGCGCCCCCAGACUCUCUCUAUAGGUAGGACCCAGAUCACAACUCGACCCAAUCUUGUUUCCACACCUUCAACACCAAUAACAAUGACGCUGCCGUCAUCACUUUCCGGUAUGGUCACGCAACAACAGCAGACGUUCAAUCAAGUAUCGCAAACCCUUUCGCGGGCAAUACAGCCACAGCAACAACAGACACAACAGCAGCAGCAGCAACAACAGCAACAAGUACAACAACAACAGCAACAGCACCAACAACAACAGGCGUUUUCUUUGCCUGGGCAGCGGGCUAUCCAACCACAGCCGCAGCUCAACAUGCAACAUACGUUGCCUGUUUCAUCGGGCCAUGCACAGAUGAACCCAGUCUCGCAAAUGCAGCAAGCAUUUCAACCCCAGUACCAGCAGAGCCCAGUGAAUAAUAGACAACAACAACAACAACAACAACAACAACAGAGGUUUUUACCCGCUCCGAAGCUGAAGCAACAAGUUCAGCAGCAACAAAAUCGCCAGACUUCCAAUGCGGAACUGUUUAGGAGACUACAAAGACAAAUCUCAGGUGGUCAAUUUACGCAAACUGCCGACAUAACUCUCCAAAGACAGAUGUCGGCUCCAGAUAUUGGGCUUCAGAGACAGGACAUUGCCCAGUUUACUCGGCAGUUGUCUACCCCAGCGCCACAGGACCUAGCACAGCAGGCCCAACAACAGCAGUACACUACAAACCCUCAGUAUCAAACACCACAGUUCUAAAGGCCACAGGAAAGUUAAUAGUGUCACUGUAAGAUAUGUAUAGCUUGACCUCUGAACACGUACCACGGUUAUAGAGGGACUUGGUGUUGAAGCAAAAUUCAAAUUCCCUAUAGUGUUCUCGUUAGAUAGAUUAAAGCGCUAUGUGAGAGAAUUUGUAUUGUACUUCAAGAUUUGGUGCGUUGUGCUCUUUACUUACUUUUCUCAGUUUAUUUUGUUUUGAGGAAGCUGUGUGGUUGCCUUCAAACUUUGUACUUGUCUUUGUCUGGUAGCUUGUGUUGCGCUUUCCCCGAGAUCACUACCAGUUUAGUUUACGGAUAACAUAGCGAUUACGCAGACGAAAGCAAGAAUAAUCUGCUUGGAAAAUCGUGGUAGAAAUAGAGGACACGAGAACUUAGAGGUCGCUGACAACAGGUUUCAGCAUUUAUGCAGCACUUCUACUUUGACAGAUCAAUAUUAACUUUCUUUUUCAGUGGAUACUUUGAUAUCGGCAUCAACCAAAUACCGAAACAUUGAUAUUUCAAAUUACCAUGGCAAGCUUAUAACCUCCUAUAAAAUAAUACUGUUAUCGCUUCAGGUGCGUAUAACUCAAAAACGAGUUCGUUCAACCCCAUUUUUAUCAUGGAACUCUAAUCAAAAUAUCAAGAUUCAAGCUUUCAUUGUGGGAGCGGGUUCACAGCCUCUUUAGAUUUUCCAAAAAAUAAAGACGCCUGCACCCACAGUUUUGACUUAAAAAGCAGAAGUGCUGAAAAACGCAAGAAACCGUUGUGAGCCACCUUAAGGGCCUCUUAACUCAAGCCCGGUUGAGUUUUAGCCUAGCUGAAUUACCGCAGAGAGUGCUAAAAAUAAACGCUUUACACGACCCUGGUUGUCAAUCUGCAACGGCAUAUGGUUUGCUUCGACCCUUACCCGGGUCAGCCUUUCUACCGGCGACCAAAAAAACUGAAUAGGCCAAAAAGAUGGCAAACAAAAAAAUCUAGAGUCAAGUAUAAUGUAAUGGUGGGUGGUCAUGAUGUACAAAAAAUAAGAAAAACGAAACAAACAAGGUUAUUUAAGUGAAAGUAUUUACCCGGGUUAGCUUUUGGCCCAGUGUUUACAUGAAAGAAUUGAAGAAAUCUCAACCGUUGUCGAAUCUCGACAAGGGUUACCCGGCAUGAGGGGCUGACCCGGCUUGACAACUGUUUUCAUGUAAACGGCUUCAAACAUUUGACUGCAAAAGGGUUACCCUUCGCACUUAUUCAACCCGGGUUAAAAACCGACCUGGGGACGUGUAAAGGGGCGGUUCUUCAGGUAUAAUAGCGUCAUCCUUUAAGGACGACUUCAAGAGAAUACUUUAUUUCUUUCUCAAGAAUCUCACGAUAGUCCAACGCUAUUCAGUCACGUUACGGUGUCUGAACACUCUUAAAUGUUGGUCUUAUUAUUGAACCAGUAGAAUUUUACCGUCGGGUUUUCAUCCAGGCACGAUAUAACACAACAAGUCUUCACACUUUCUAAGUAUGGUGGGGAAAAAUGAGUUUGCUCUGCGUGCCCCGGUUGUUCAAAAGCCGAUUAAAGUAAUCGAUUAUAAACGUUUCAAAGCGUUUUUCGCUGCUUAAUUUUUAUCCCAGGUUUAAGUAAGUUUGACAUUUUUCAGAUUUCAAAAUGAUUGAACUGGAUAUUCAAAAAGUAUAUGUGUCACGGGUUUUAGGCAAAUUUAGACUUGUGAAACUGGCCACAAAAGCGAGUGAAAUAUAAAAACUACUUGAAACAGUGAAGGAACAUUUCAACAACACAACUAAUACAAAAGAAGGUAUGGAUGGCAACAAUUGAAGAAGAUUGAAAUGGAUUGCGAUAUGAUAUAGCAGUUUUUGUAAAACUGCAAUGCUAAACAGUUUUCAAAGUUACUCUCGUUUGGUUGCAACCUUUAAUUGUAACGCUCGGUAUACAUAUUUGUUUGCAAUUUAGAUCCAUAGAAGUAUUUGUUCACUGUCAAUUAGUUUCGUAGUGGAUAUUUGGCAAUACUUGAUAAAUUAGACUAAACUAACUUUAACUUUUCUUUGAACAACCGAACCCGGCAGUGUAAUUUCAUUAAACCUGCGUAUGGGAACGCUCUCGGUGCCUCGAUGUCGUGGUUUUGAGAACCAGAGAACGUUUGGUGCAAGACGAACUGCGGCUUGGUAUACUUAACAGUAUGACAAUGACAGGUAAAUUCAACUUACCACUGAACUUUCAAGUCGAUUAUGGUUUAUUCGUUAUUACGUAAUUAGCUCAAAGUUCAUUCUCAAUCCUCUUUUUUUACGCAACUGUUUUCAAGCCUUGAGCAUUAUUUUUUUUCCAGAGCUAUAGUCUGACGUAGUUGUGAAUAAAGCUAUCGUAUUCCUCUUGGAAUUGCUUUCAUUUAGUUGAAAUACGUUUAUAGGAAUUCGCAGUGUUGCCGAACUUCGCUUGAGCUCCAUAGUUUGUCGGCCUGAUAUUAUUGGAAAUAACUCAUACGCGCGGCCGGCAUUAUUUUAUCAAAUGGGGCUGAAACGUCAGCCAUGUGCUCAGUGGAAGAAUGGCGGCGUGCAAAUCCGCCUAAAAAUGUUUCAAGUUAAUAGGAAAAGGAACUUAAUGUGUCUUGUGCAGAAAACGAUGAUUCAUGCAUAAAUGGGGGGACCACACAGAUCGUUAAGUAAGACUGUUAGAAGGGUAAACUUCGACAUCAAAACUAGCCUUGAUUACCAGCCACUGUUCGAGAAAGGAGACCGCGCUCCUCCCCCGAGUGAGGAGCGGAAAUCGAGCCUACAUCAAAAGUCAUUAAACAAUAAAAACAGAAUGAUGCUUCCUUAUUGUAAAAGCAAAGAAAACAUAAAGGAAGUACUUCCUUAUAUAUUGGACAGUACGAUUGUUAAGAGGGAAACGAGUACGACCUCAAAAGCCGUAGAUUUCCCGAUUAAAUUAUUUGGUUCGAUUUCUUUUGGUCAUUUUUUUUAAAUCAGCACAGAUAUUAAAUCACUAGAUUAUUGUAAAAAAAGUUGUAUUGAGUAACAAAGUGGACUGAUGUUAAUAAAGAUUACUGAUCUAUUUA